UGAAGGCCCAAUCUGUCUCACGUGUUUAGGGUUCGCUCAGUUGACGUUAUUUAUCCGCCAUCACGAAACAUUGAACUCUUCUUUGUCGCUCGCUCGUCGGCUCUCGCAUACCCUAGAGUAGGGUUUUUCGCAGCAUAUCAUCUGAAGAGAGGCAAAGGUUUCAGUCAUGAGUAAGCUUCAGAGUGAGGCCUUGAGGGAAGCCAUCACUCAGAUUGCUGGUGAUGCCAAGGAAAAAAAGCGUAAUUUCACUGAAACUAUUGAGCUUCAGAUUGGGCUGAAAAACUAUGAUCCUCAAAAGGACAAACGUUUCAGUGGUUCUGUGAAGUUGCCUCACAUCCCUCGUCCCAAGAUGAAGGUUUGCAUGCUUGGUGAUGCUCAACAUGUGGAGGAGGCUGAGAAGAUAGGAUUAGAAUACAUGGACGUGGAAGGGUUGAAGAAGCUUAACAAAAACAAGAAGUUGGUUAAGAAACUUGCUAAGAAAUACCAUGCCUUCUUAGCAUCAGAAGCUGUCAUCAAGCAGAUUCCUCGUCUUUUGGGCCCUGGUCUCAACAAAGCAGGGAAGUUUCCUACCCUCGUCACUCACCAGGAAUCCCUCGAGUCUAAAGUCAAUGAGACUAAAGCUACAGUGAAGUUCCAACUGAAGAAGGUUCUCUGCAUGGGAGUGGCUGUUGGGAAUUGCAGUAUGGAGGAGAAACAGAUCUUCCAGAAUGUGCAAAUGAGCGUCAAUUUUCUAGUUUCAUUGUUGAAGAAGAACUGGCAAAAUGUGCGGUGCUUGUACCUGAAGAGUACCAUGGGGAAGCCAGUUCGCAUCUUCUGAGGAGGGCUUCUCAUCUCGAUCUAUUUAGGCAGGUGAUUGUUUAGUGUGGGCAAAGGUCAAAACAUGAGAAAUGGAUUUCCUGGAUUCAGCAAUUCUGCAUUUUUGUUAGCCUGCUUACUUUGAAGCACUCUUAAACACUAUAAUAUUUGUUUUCUAUGAGAUUAUUUAUGGAGAAGAACUACAAAAGAGGGGGUUGUGCGAA